CAAUCUAGCGUUGAGUGUGAAAAAAAAAUCGCCGUCGGAUUGCCGUCGAAGAAAAACAGUCGUGUUAAACUGAAAUUAUAUUUACAAAACAGCAAUUCACAUCAAAAAAUGACAACUGCGAUCGACCCAGAACUGCGCACCAAAAUCGAUGCCGCUUGCCGGAUGGAGGAGGGAUUCACCAAACUGUACAACGAAAAAGUAGCCAAGAAGCGGCAUCAGAUGACCCGGCUCUACAUGGACAACGGUUUGCUGGUGUGGAACGGAAAUGGUGCCAACGGGAAGGACAACAUCCAGAAGUACUUCCAGGAACUGCCCCGCUUCGAAUACAUUAUGAACACCCUGACUAUAAUUGAAUCAUCGCAGGGCUGGUAGCGGAUCUAAUUUUCUAUUUUAA